CCUCCCCCGAGCCGAGGGUGUCGGGAGCGAGCGGCGGGUGCGCGCGCAGGCAGGCUCCCCUCCGGGCACGCAGCGUUCCUUUAAGGCGGUCGCAGCACCUCCCGUCUUUGGAGUUAUGUCGGUGUCUCCCGUGAAGCGGCAGAAGAUGGAGUCGGCGCUGGAGCAGCUGAAGCACCACACUACGGUGGUGGCCGACACCGGGGAUUUCAACGCAAUCGAUGAGUACAAGCCCCUGGAUGCCACCACAAACCCAUCUCUGAUACUGGCUGCUGCUCAGAUGCCUGCAUACCAGAAACUUGUGGAUGAUGCGGUUGCAUAUGGAAAAAAACUUGGGGGGUCAGAAGAUGAGCAAAUCCAAAAUGCUUGUGACAAACUUUUUGUAUUGUUUGGAGCUGAAAUAUUGAAGAGGAUACCUGGCCGUGUGUCCACAGAAGUAGAUGCAAGGUUGUCUUUUGAUAAAGAAGGAAUGAUUCAGAGGGCCAGGCGUCUGAUUGACCUUUAUAAGGAAGCAGGAAUUGGUAAAGAUCGGAUUCUCAUAAAGCUUUCUUCAACAUGGGAAGGAAUUCAGGCUGGCAAGGUUCUGGAAGCAGAGUACGGGAUUCAUUGCAACAUGACCUUGCUGUUCUCCUUUGCUCAGGCAGUCGCCUGUGCUGAAGCUGGGGUUACACUGAUCUCCCCAUUUGUAGGACGCAUCCUGGAUUGGCAUCUUGCUAAUGGAGAUAAGAAAACCUAUGAACCUUCGGAAGAUCCAGGAGUGAAGAGUGUCACCAAGAUCUAUAAUUACUACAAAAAGUUUGGCUACAAAACCAUUGUGAUGGGUGCUUCAUUUCGAAAUACAGGAGAAAUCAAAGCGCUCACAGGCUGUGACUAUCUCACUAUUUCACCCAAGCUUUUGGCAGAGCUCAGCAAAGAGCAUGUGAAGCUAACUCCCACACUCAGUGUUAAGGAGGCUCAGGCCUGUGACCUUGAGAAGAUCCACCUCGACGAGAAGGCAUUCCGCUGGCACCACAACGAAGACCAAAUGGCUGUGGAGAAACUGUCUGAUGGGAUCAGAAAAUUUGCUGCAGAUGCAAUAAAAUUAGAGAAGAUGUUAAAGGAGCGAAUGUUCAGCGCUGAGAAUGGGAAGUAAAAGAGUCAGAGUUCUCCUGACUGCUUAAGGCUGAAUGAGCGGAUCACCUGAAAUUAAAUGGAUGUACAAAUGUCUUACCUGUAAAAGUCUUCUGUUGUGUAUGCAUAGAUUUCUGUAUUAUGCUUUUUUAAAAAAACAAUUUGUAAAGGGACAAAGCUUCAUUGUUUUUGUGGCACUUUGAUAAUAUAUGCAAAUUAACACCUAC